AUGUGGAGAGCAACAAGUAACAACCAAGAUCAAGGAGAGAGCAGCAGCCGUGGCGGCGGCGGAGGAGCCAAGUGGAGCGGCAGCUUGCGGGCGGGCGCGGUGCUGGCGACCCUGCUGGGCGUGUGGAGUCUGCGCGCGCUGCAGGUGUCGUCGGCGCCGACGGCCAAGUCGUGGGUGCGGGAGGACGGCCACGUGUCGGUGGUCAACUGCUCGGCGCUGUCGCCGCCCCCGGACACGCAAUUCUGGCAGGCCAUGGACCGGUGCUACGACUGUGCCGCCGAGCCGUCGUGCGGUUUCUGCCAGUCCACACUCACGUGCGUGGCCGGCAACCUGCAGGGACCGUUCGACCGCUACCAGGUUUGGUGCAGCGACUGGAUCCCGGAGGCCGAGGCUUGCCCCGUCAACCCGCAGUGCGACACCAUCACCGACUGCGGCACCUGCGCCGCGUCGGACGAGUGCGUCUGGUGCGCGUCGGACGCCUCGUGCAUGGCGGUGGAAGAGGGCUUCGGCUCGGGCUGCAAGGCGCUGGUCAGUGAUGCGCCAUGCCCGACCGUGGUCGUUCCAGAGACGAUCAUUGUUGGGGAUGUGAUCAUCCACCAGGAGCCGCCUAACGUGCGCAGGGGGAUCGUCGUCAAGGGUGUCACCAUGCACUCGACGAACUACUCCCUCGUCGUGAACCAGUCGGCUGUGUCUGUGCAGUCGGGCGGCGUGAUUCAGCUGCGCGCUGGCGACGACAACAGGUUCAACACGGCUGGUGGCGCGGUGGAAAUCGCUGCGGGCGACGGGGUGCAUCAGAACCGCGGGCGUGGCGGGACUGUUAAGAUCGCCGGAGGCAACGGGCUCGGAGUCCAGAACUUCGACAACUCGGUCACGGGCGGAGCUGUGCAGCUUUCGGGCGGAAUGUCCGAGGUCGGGACUGGAGGUGAUAUCGACUUGGCUGGUGGUGAAGGUGCUACCACUGGCGGGUCCAUCAACAUUGUCUCGGGCACCAGCACCGUGUCGUCAAGCGGCAGCAUCGCCAUCCGAACAUCCGCUGUCACCACCAAGGGAGUGUCUGGUAGAGUUAUUCUGGAGACGGGUGCGGCGUUCAAGGCAUCAGGUUCCAUGGAGCUUCGCACGGGGCCUUCGUCCUCGGAGGAAGCAGGAUCAAUUGUGCUGUCCAGCGGUUCGUCCGACGGUGGCAAAGGAGGCAACGUUUUUGUGCGUGGCGGUUCGUCCGGCGGAGAUGCAGUCGGUGGAUCAGUGCGUGUGGAGACGGGUGUUUCUGGCACGAAAGCUUCAGGUGAAGUGGUUAUCGUCACUGGCAGUGCUGGGGUGAAUGGGUCGAGCGGUGCUGUGGUUAUUGGGUCUGGAAACUCAUCCUCUCAACCCACCGGGCCGUUGCUACUGUUCACGGGAAGCGCAAAUGAAUCAAGUUCUGGUUCAAUUUCACUGAAGGUUGGCAUUGGAAACUCUGCGAAAGGAGGAGAGAUCGUUGCUACAGCGGGCUCAACAGUCAAGGCAGGGGGAACUGGUGGCGCGAUCAAAAUCAUUGGUGGAACUGGAGCAAAUGCAGAUGACUCGUCUGGCGGCACAACCACCGUCAGCGGUGGUGCCUCAAUGGGAGUUUCAAAUAUUUCCGUUGGUGGGCAUGUGAUUGUUGUUGGUGGAAAUGCUACUGGUGGAGCUGGCGGAUCUGUCACGCUUCUUAGUGGCCUCAGUCAAAAUGAGUCAAGCGGAAACGUGGUCAUCAAGACGGCACCGGGUGUUCAAGGUGGGAGCGGCGUUAUUCGUCUCUCGACCGGAGACUCCGGACCAGACUCGGGACGAGUCGAUAUCUCAAGUGGCACUUCGUCCCAGGGUACGAGCGGCGACAUUCGACUAAGCGGCGGAAAGGCUAUUGUUGGAAAUGGUGGCGGAGUCACUCUUACUGGUGGACCCACUGAGAGUGGAAAUGGUGGGGCAAUCCACCUGUCUUCUGGAACGAGUACUUCAGGAAUCACUGGAAUUGUUAAGAUUGCGAGUGCAGUAAGCGCGGUUGGGGAAGGCACAGGAUCACUGAGUCUUACAAGUGGUUCAGCUGCACAAGGCAAGUCUGGUGAUAUCGUCGUUGGAACUGGAUACACUACUCGCCGCUCUGCUGGAAGUGUGCAAGUGCAAGCUGGCUCCUCAUCGGAAAGCUCACCCGGCAGCAUUAGCAUUGGUAGCGGCAACACGGCUGGAGACAGCGGAACAGGCGGAGCCAUCGAGCUUAGUGGGGGAUCUGGAACGUCCUCUAACGGUGGUGUUGGUGGCGAGGUUCGCAUUGCUGGAGGAAGUGGCCAUGGACUUCAUUCCCAAGCUGAAGGGGACGGCGGACGGGUCAAGCUUGUCGGAGGUCAAUCUAUUGAUGGAAGUGGCGGAGAGCUUAUGCUUCAAGGUGGAAGCAGCUCCUCCUCAGUAGGAGGGGCUGUGAACAUAUACAGUGGCAAAUCAAGCUUAAGCUCGUCUGGCGCUAUUCUUUUGGCAUCGGGUGACUCAGCUGCGUUCGGCGACUCUGGCAGCUUUAGUCUGCGCACAGGAAGCACAUUGUUGGGAAGAGCUGGCUCAGUUACUCUUGGAACCGGUACGUCUCAAGGUCAGGCUGGAGGUGUUUCUCUCAAGGUGGGCUCUAAUGGCCUUGGCGACGGCGGUGAUAUCACUGUCGAGUCGGGAUCUUCGACACACGCUGCUACGACGGGCGGAGCUCUGUACCUAACAGGAGGGUCUGGUACGAGCGACAAUUCUGGAGAUGGAGGUGAUGGCGGCCAAGUUGUUCUAGCCGGUGGUUCGUCGCUCGGAUCCUCUGCACAAGAUACUGGCGGUGCAGUCCUUAUUCGGGGUGGCGGAGCUCAAAGCGGUGUCGGUGGUAACGUCAAAAUGGUUUCCGGAGGAAGUGCAAACUCCUGGAGCGGAGCUGUUGAGAUAGCAUCGGCUCAGGCUGCGAGCGGGGGCAUGAGUGGUACAAUGUCUAUUGCCACCGGAAACAGUCCUGAUGGCACUGCUGGAGUCUUGAAGCUGUCGACGGGUACAGCAUCAAGAGGUAACAGCGGCUCAAUCCAGGUUCUUGUAGGAGCUGGUGAUGCAACUGAUGGUGGAGAUGUUCAGAUCAGUGCUGACGGAGGAGAUGGUGGCGAUGUGGACAUUAUCGGUGGUGAAGCACGUGGCUCAAACUCACUUGAUAAUGGUGGUAGUAUCAAUGUUGCCUCCGGCCGCGCGGCGUAUGGUUAUGGAGGUGAUCUAUCCAUGUCUUCUGGCUCGGGGGUUGCUAGUUCCAGUGGGGCUGUCUUAAUCUACACGCCAAAUGCAGGUUCACGGGGUGCAAGCGGCAUGAUCUACGUGUCCACUGGAACGUCAAGCUAUGGAAACUCCGGCCCAAUAAGUUUUGCUACAGGAGCUGCUAAAAACGGAAAAGGAGGUCAAGUCCAACUCUUUGUUGGCGGCGGCGACUUUGGUGAAGGUGGUAUGAUUUCCAUGGAAGCAGGAAGCACGACUGAUUCUCGCACCGGAGGAGUUGUGUCGGUCGUUUCGGGGGCAAGUCAGGCCACCUCUAGCGGUGACAUUACUGUGAAUACUGCCAAUGCCGGCGGGGCCGGAGGAAGCGGAGGCGUGAAGCUUCAGACAGGAACAGCUACUGCUACAGACUCGGGAGCACUUGUGCUUGCGACGGGUGCUGCAACGCUUGGGCAUGGUGGGGACUUUAUUGUUACCGUUGGUACCGGUACGAAGACGGAUGGUGGCCAAGUUCAGUUGACAGCCGGGGCUACUACUGACGCCGGUGGCAGAACGGGAGGAACGGUUGCCAUUCAGGCUGGUGAAGGCCUUAGUCCUGCGUUUACCAACGGAGGCAAUGGCGGCGUUGUAAAACUGACUGGCGGUGCUUCACAAGGCGGCAGUACAGCACUGAAUACGGGCGGAGGUAUCACCCUCGAGGGUGGCUUUGCGAACAGAGGACGUGGUGGCAGUAUCCGCGUUGAAACUGGCUUUGGCGCGACCACAUCCAGCGGGGCAUUGUCCAUGAUGACAGCUUCAUCUGGAACAAAGGGUACAAGUGGCUCCGUUAGCAUAAACUCCGGUGACACUACGGCGGGUGACAGCGGAGAAGUCACUGUGUACAGCGGUCAAGCUCUUAAGGGCAAAGGUGGAUUCGUUUCCUUGUCUGUCGGAAAUAACACCGAAAAUCCUGGUGGUGAUGUGACUAUAAGCGCUGGGCUUGCACUCCACUCCUUCACUGGUGGCUCCGUCACUGUGACCACUGGCGGUUCUGUAAAAACUACGUCGGGUGAUGUUCUGGUUCAGACGCCAAACAGUGGGCCUAAUGGCGGCUCGGGGUCAUUAACGUUCACGACUGGGAAAUCACAGUCGACGGACAGCGGUGCGAUGACCUUCGUAACGGGGCUAGCGCAAAAGGGCCAUGGAGGCAAUGUCAUCAUGUCCGUUGGCGUGGGAGAUACUGGCAACGGUGGGGACCUGAAUAUGACAGCCGGUGAUUCUUCAGCGGCCGCCCAAGUGGGAGGAACGAUCUCGCUUCAAGCUGGCUCCGGCACAAGCAUUAACCCAAGCAAUGGAGGUGAUGGAGGUGCUGUUCAAGUCCGCGGAGGCCAAGGCAUGGGCGGGAAAGCUGAUAGCGAUAUUGGCGGAAUCGUUCACGUUGAAGGCGGAACUAGUAGAACUUCAACCGGCGGCAGAGUUGAGCUUUUCUCUGGCACGGGGGCGACUUCUAGCAGCGGAGAUAUGGCGCUCAUGACUGUCGACUCUGGCAAGAAAGGAGUGUCGGGAACGCUUCGGGUGGAAACUGGGAAUGCUACUACAGGCCCGAGCGGGUCGCUUUUCGUAGCGACGGGAAGUGCUAAGCCUGGCCCAGCUGGUGACAUCGUGGUCAGUGUAGGGUCUGGCUGGACUGGCAGCGGUGGUCGUGUUGCCGUAACUGCCGGCGACAUGGGCGAUCUCAGAUCAACUGGAGGAGAAGUGGCUAUUACUGGUGGUCGUGGAACCAAUCGCUCUCCUGGUGGAGGUGGUAAAGGUGGACCUGUCAACGUUGUUGGUGGCGCAGCCGGAGGCCAGAGUGGAGGAGAUAUCGGCGGAGCAGUUACUCUUCAGGGUGGCCAGGCCAACAAAGGAACUGGAGGUGCUGUCAGUAUUAUCACUGGCGGUUCUGACUAUUUCUCAAGCGGAGACGUUAGCAUCCGCACGGCCGAUUCCGCUUACUAUGGAGUCAGCGGCUCGAUUGAGCUUCGUACCGGCAAAAGCCAAGAUGGCGAUUCGGGCAGCUACAGUCUUCGAACGGGCGAUUCUGACAGGGGUAGCAGCGGCAGUGUCGACGUUUCCCUCGGCAAUAGUCUGGCCAAAGCUGGCGGCGACUUGAAGCUGAAGGCUGGCUCGACAUCUGCAGUUGGACAAACUGGUGGAAGUGUUGUUGUUGCUUCUGGUUACAGUACGAAAGGAGACAGUGGAAGCAUUACUGUGAACACCGAUAACUCCGGGACAGCUGGAGUGAGUGGUUCGAUUGCAGUUUCAUCCGGUACAGCUGCGCAAGGUGACUCGGGAAUGAUCUCACUGACGACUGGCAGCGCAACUGGAGGUCAUGGCGGCAACGUGCAGGUCUCUGUUGGCACCGGUCGAACCGGAAGCGGUGGUGACAUCAUCGCGCGGGCUGGCGAUACGACGGCUGUGGCCUCAGUUGGUGGAAAAAUUUCACUUACUGCAGGUAGUGGCUUGAGCUCCGAUCUGAAGGACGGUGGUGAUGGAGGUGAUGUUGUCGUGUCAGGUGGAGAUGCCAGCGGUAAAAGUUCCACGACAGACGUAGGUGGAUCUAUUCGCCUAGCUAGUGGAAAAGGCAACGCCGCGACGGGUGGAUCAGUGACAGUCGUUACUGGAAAUGCAACCUCCUCCUCGAGUGGCGAUGUGAAGAUCUUUUCUGGCGACGCUGUCGAGAAGCUCACUCGCUCCUCUGGAAGCAUCAGCGUUGGGACUGGUGCGACUACUAACGAGGGAAGCGGGUCCAUUUCCGUACGCUCCGGCGCUGCAACGAAAGGAACCAGUGGGGACAUUUCCGUGCAAGGUGGUUCCAGCCUCCAAGGCGCAUCGAAUGUGUUAGUCCAAGCAGGAAGUACUUCUGCUGCGAAGGCUGGAUCAGUUGUCGUUGUCACCGGGGUUUCAUUCCCUGGUUCUAGUGGCGACAUUGACAUUAGCUCUGACCGCGGCGGUAGCAACGGUGGUAGCGGCAUUGUCACUAUGUACUCCGGAGAUUCUCGAGGUGGCUCCUCUGGCUCUGUGACUCUCAGCUCUGGCGCAUCGGAACAUGGAGCUGGUGGAGACAUUCGACUUCUUGUGGGUUCCGGCGUUGGUCACCAGGGAGGGAAUGUAGCUGUCACCGCUGGUGCAACGACCCAUACGGAUGGUGGUGGCAGUGUUGCGAUUCAAUCUGGAAAGAGCUCUGCGACUUCCAGCGGAGGCGUGACUUUGUCAACUGCCGGAGCUGGGAAAGCUGGGUAUUCUGGUUCAAUGGUGAUCCAGACUGGUGACUCUACCGACAUGCCCGGUUCUGGAAAUAUAUCGGUCCUAACCGGCGAUGCUGUCAAGGGCGGCGGUGGCAAUAUCACUGUAGCUGUUGGUCUCGGAUCUGUUGGCGAUGGCGGUGCGAUUCAGUUAGCUGGGGGUGACUCGACUGCUGCUCGUGCCGUUGGAGGUCGUGUCCGCCUCGUUGGCGGCCGAGGACGUUCAACUGAUGACAAGGAUGGCGGCAACGGUGGUAAUGUGGAGAUCGUGGCUGGAUCCUCUGACGGCAUGAACAAGGCCCGUGACCAGGGAGGAGCGGUUGCUAUUGCUGGUGGGUCUGCUGCAGCGUCCACUGGUGGUGCCAUCUCGAUCUCUUCUGGCAGCUCAUUGCUUACGUCAAGUGGCGACGUAUCAAUUGACACGGCCGAAGCACCGAGCACAACAGGCGCACUGCAGCUCAACACUGGUGGUUCUAGCCAGGGUGGAUCUGGCGGUGUUGUCAUUGAGACAGGUGAUGCUGAUACUGGAAGAGCAGGCUCGAUUAACAUUGCUGUCGGGUCGGGAUCAGGAAGCGCUGGUGGGGAUGUUUCGAUCGCCGCCGGCUCGACAGAUUCUUCGAAAGCUAAAGGUGGUAAAGUUGUUAUUGCAACGGGAUACAACUCGGCAACUUCUAGCGGUGAUUUGUCGUUGGAAACACCGGACUCGGCACCCGAUGAUGGAUCUUCCGGACAGGUUGCACUCAAGACCGGUGACUCCGCUACUAGUUUUGCCGGAUCAAUAGUGCUUAGCACCGGCCUCGGAGCAGUUUCGGAAGGUGUAGGCAUUCAAGUCGCUGCUGGCAAAGCAAUGACUGGAAACGGUCAAACUGUCAACAUUGUUGGCGGAGAUGCGCUUCAAGCGAAAGAUGCAGUUGGCGGCAGUGUCAAAAUUAUUGGUGGCAUUGGCCUAGGAGAUGACGAGGCUGGUGGCGGUCGCGGAGGCUCUGUUGAGCUUGUCGGUGGAAAAAGUUAUGGAGGUUCCUUUACGACCGAUGUUGAGGCGGCGAAGCUGUUGCUGCGUCAGGUGGAGCAGUGA